ACAGCCGAAGUGAACUCCGUAUUCAAGGUCUGGUUGUGUACUACCUUUAUAUUGGUCGAGUAAAGUAGCAAAUUUUUUGCCGGUAAUACCUGGAAUUAUGUUGUCAGUGGCUCCCGCCAUUCCCAAGUUGAAAAACCGUUUCUCUUCUCAUCUAUUUUUGCUUAGCUUCUCACGUUUUCUUUCCCGUUCUUCAACCUCCCCUCGCUUCGGCAACUUCUCUCUCCUUCUCCAAGGCCACCCUUCUCUGCCUCGCCUUCUUCAAAUCCAUGCUCGAAUCUAUCGAUUUGGUGCUGAUCAAGACGAUCUCAUUGCCACCCGUCUCAUUGGUCGCUACCCAAUUCAAGUAGCACUUAAAGUUUUCCGCCUACUCCGCGAACCCAAUAUUUUCCCCUUCAAUGCCAUUAUCCGACGCCUCGCAGAAGAUGGUCUCUUUGAUCAUGCUUUCUCCCUCUUUAAAUCCUUAAAAGUACGAUCAAUAUCACCUAAUGACUUCACUUUUUCGUUCCUUCUCAAGGCUUGUUUUAAGUCCGCCGAUGCCCGGCAUGUCCAGCAAAUCCAUACCCACAUUGUGACACUGGGGUUUGAUCAUGAUUCCGUUGUUUGUAAUGGCCUCCUUGCCGUUUAUGAGAAGGGUGCUAGAGAUUUGGUCUCAGGGCGUAGAGUGUUUGAUGAAAUGCCAGAGAAGGGCGUGGUUAGUUCUUGGACUUGUUUGAUUGCUGGCUAUGCUCAGUUGGGAAGGUCGGAGGAAGCUUUGGUUCUUUUCUUACGGAUGAUUGAACAAGAUAUAAGGCCUGAAAAUGAUACUAUGGUGAGCAUCCUAUCUGCUUGUUCCAGUCUCGAUGCUCAAGAAGUUCAGAGAUGGGAAAAGAAUUUCUUAGAACUUGCUAGUAAUUUUGAUGGUAAUACUAACGAAUGUUAUCAUGAUUCAAUCAAUACCAUUCUCGUUUAUUUGUAUGGAAAAUGGGGGAAAGUCGAGAAGAGUAGGGAGUUGUUCGAUAAGCUCACUGAGAGGGGACGAAGAAGCAGCGUGCUUCCUUGGAAUGCUAUGAUCACUGGGUAUGUUCAAAAUGGCUUUCCAGUGGAGGCUUUGUCAGUUUUUCAACUAAUGGUGGCAGGUGGCAAUCCAAAACCCAAUCAUGUUACUAUGGUUAGUGUGCUGUCUGCUUGCGCUCAAGUGGGAGACUUGGAUCUAGGGAGUGGGGUUCAUGAGUAUAUGAAAACUAAUGGAAGUAAAGAUAUUGUGGAAUCCAAUACAUUUCUGGCUACUGCCUUAAUAGACAUGUAUUCUAAAUGUGGGAGUCUUGGAAAGGCUAAGGAGGUUUUUGAUCAAAUGGUUGCCAAAGAUGUGGUUGCUUUUAAUGCAAUUAUCAUGGGACUUGCUAUAAAUGGCAAAGGAGAAGAGGCAUUGAGGCUUUUCUCCAUGAUGGAAGAGCUUGGUGUACAUCCCAACGGUGGGACCUUCCUCAGUGUAUUGUGUGCAUGCAAUCACUCAGGAUUAGCAGGUGAAGGACGCCAGAUUUUUUUAGACAUGAUCCCUCGUUAUUCCAUUACCCCUAAUGUAGAACACUAUGCUUCUUAUAUUGAUCUUCUUGCACGAGUUGGCCAUAUUGAAGAAGCUCUUAAAGUUGUCAGUUUGAUGCCUAUCGAGCCUAAUGGUAUGGUGUGGGGGGCUUUGCUUGCAGGCUGCCUGCUCCACUCUAGAGUAGACUUGGCUCCAGAUGUUGCCAGAAGCCUUGUUAAAGUAGAUCCUUGUAAUUCUGCUGGUUAUGUCAUGCUGUCAAAUGUUUAUGCGAUUGAACACCAAUGGGACACCAUUUCUGAACUGAGGGGGAUGAUGAGUAAGAAAGGUAUUAAGAAGCAGCCUGGGUGUAGUUGGAUUAGUGUAAAUGGAGUUCUUCAUGAGUUUCUUGUAGGAUCCAGAUCGCACCCUCAAAUUGAAAGGAUAUAUCACAUACUGGAUGGAUUAUCAAAGGAAAUAAAGUCAUUAGGACCUUAAGAAAUUGCAAAGGAUCUACAGGAACUCAGGAAGAUUGAUUGUGAAUGUAUGAUGCAGAAGGAUGUAAAAGCAUUAUAGAGUCCCUCAAAUUUCUGGGGACAACCAUUAUACAUAUGCAUUCCAAACUUGAGAGUUUAGGAGGGCAAAACACAAGAUACCCUUUAAUGCCAUGAUCCUGAAUCUUUCUAUAAAUGGUAAAGGAGAAAACAUGUAGACACUCCAUCCAAAAUGAAAGGUUAUGUUUACAUUUUGGUGUUCGGAUCCCUAGGUUUGCUGUUGUGUAUGAUACCUUAGAAUUGAAAGGUGAAUUUGCUAGUACCGGACUCAAAACACUAUGCCUGCUCUGUAUAUUCCCAUGCAUGUCUGAGUCAUUACAAAUAAGUAUUUGAGUUUUUGUUUGGUACACUUUACCCUGCUGAACCCAAUAUUGGAGGGUUGUUGGUGGCCUCUGAUGAGUCUAUAUGCAAUGAGAUGGAGUGUCAAUGAGAUGAUUGCAAAACUGAGUUUGAUGGGAGAGAAACUAAUUGCUUGAACAGCUUGGUUGUAGUUAGAUCACUAUCAGUGGAAUUUGUAGGGUCCAUAUUAUAACCUCAAAUUCUAAGGUACAGUGGACGGUUUCCUGAUGGAAGUGCAGUCAUUAGGCGAUGGUUGUUUUAUGGGGAAUGAUGUUAUUUACUUGGAUUGUAAAGGUAAUAUUGUUUCUUUGUCCUUGGGCAUGAUAGGUUACUUUUAAGGAAGUGCAAGAUAUUGAUGCCAUCUAAGCUUCUAGAAGUAAAAGUUGCAAAGUAGUCUGGACCCACUAUUGGAAUGAGGUAUCAGAUACUCCAACCCAUAUAACCAUUUCUCUUACUCACUUUCAGUGGUUUUUCCAUUAUUGGUCAUGAUCUGAAGAUGCAGUUUGGUACAUGCAUUGUAUUCAAUGUCUUAGAUGCCCAAUUAUGAAGCCAUAUUUAAAAUGGUCAAAUUUAUUUUCAUGGUUUGUGAUCAGGAGAAGACACCAUCUCUCUAUAUUAUUUUGUGAAGUGUUUCAGCCUAGAAUAUCUAAACAAGUGGAUAUUAUCAGCAAUUUGAAGGAAAAAAUAGUAGUAAGAAGAGAUCCUCCAAGUACUCAACAUGACAUGCUUUCUUGUCUAUUGAGGAGGGAAGACUCAAGAUGCAGACUGAAUGAUCAAGAGAUUACCAUAUCACUUAAACUUCUGUCAUAAACUUUAAAAAAUGAGGGUGGAUCAAGAGGUUUCUUACUUUCAGGUUGGGUAAUCUUCAAUUUCUUUGUUUUCCUGAUUGUUGUGUGAUACUAUUCUUUUUUGCUAGUCAGAAAUUUUUGAAGAGUCAGACGUCGUCAAAUUAUUUGACAUAUCUCCAGUAGUACCACUGGCCUCUUUGAAGAGAUGACUGUAACACUACUACCCUUUUUUCUAGUCAGAAAUCUUUUGAAAUUCAAAGUUUAGUAUGGCUGGUAAUAUGGUGUCAAAUUGGACAAAGAGUGGAAUCUACUAGCUGACACUUGACAGGAUUUGGAUGAGUGUGUAUAUUACCCCUGUUUGCAGGAUUUAUGGGAUUCGCUAAAAAUGUAUCAUGCAUUUUUCAGCAUGGAUUGCUAGAGGCAAUGCUUCAAAUGAUUAGAAGCCAAUCAUGGAUUCUUAAAACUUAGUUCUUUUUCAUGCCAGACUCUCCCAUCCUAUGGUAUACUACAAACCUCAGAGAAUCUAUAACUAUAAUUAUUUUGACAAUGUUGCUGUACUCCUCAAUAAGAAUGCAAACAUUGGGAAGUAGGCCCAUUUGAAUAACUGUCUACAUUUGCUUAUGGGUACA